AUGGGGUGUGCUAGCAGGUCCGAUGUGAAAGAAAUAGCCGAUUACAUGACACUUCUUGAGGGAUGGAUUUAUGAGCACUUUCGUGGAUUCCAACCACACUUGAAUAUGAAUUACACUCGAGACAUGCCACAUGUUUACCGUUGGACUUCUCGGAGAGAGUCUGGUGAAGAGAGACAGUUGCAGGCUUUUCGAGAGGAGCUUGAUAGGUUAGGGUAUUUGGAACCCAUACUAGAGUUGCAGAGAUGUCCAUCCGUGUCACCCAGCUAUGUUCUAUCACGGUUGCCUAAAGUGUUUGGAAGAAAUCUUGUCCCAGAUGAUGCAGUUGAUUAUAUUGCUUCUGAGAAUAACAUUGCAGAAUUUUUUAAAGUGGAUAGCACUAUGUUUGUGCCUCUUUUGACUGUAUGCACAGAGCUCUUUUUGCUCAAAGUCGGAAGACAAGUCCAUGGCUUUCUUAUUGCUUUCUCUAGCUGUCAUUGUAAUAAUUAUUCAUUGGAUGAUGGCGAUGCAAUUAUUGGAAGCGCUUUGAUCAAUAUGUACAGCAAGUGCGGUAGCAUUGGUGAAGCUCGAAAAGUUUUUGAUGCUUGGCUGCCUGCCCAACUUGUGGCUCUUUGGAAUUCGAUGAUAUCAGGUUAUAUGUAUAAUGGUUUAGUUGAAGAUGCUAGGACACUGUGGGAAGAAAUGUCAGAGAAAAAUGUCAUUUCAUGGACGAGCAUGUUAUCUGGGUAUGUACAGAACGAUAUGCCACGAGAAAGUUUAGAUUUACUAGCUAAAAUGUAUUCUAACGGGGAUGGAUCUAGAGUAGAAGGGAACUGCUUCACUUUUGUAGCGGGUCUUGAAGCAUGUAGCUAUUUAACAAACUUAGAAAUGGGAAAACAAAUCCAUGCAAAGCUCAUGAGGACAUUAACUAGAGCUGAUACCAAUAAUGUGGUUGUUGGAACGGCUUUGGUGGAUAUGUAUUCUAAAGCCGGCUAUUUGUCCUAUGCACAAACUGUUUUUGAUUUGAUGGUGGAGAGAAAUGUAGUUGCAUGGACAUCUAUCAUUAUGGGGUAUGCAGUUCAUGGGUUUGGUUUUCGAGCCCUUGAUUAUUUCCAGCAGAUGAUGGAAAUGGGCGUGGAACCAAAUGAGGUGACAUUUGUGUCUGUCUUAACUGUUUGCAGCCAUUGUGGUUUGGUGGUUGAGGGGUUACAAUACUUUAAACUGAUGAAGGAGAAGUAUAGAUUAAUUCCAAGGGAAGAUCAUUACACAUGUUUGGUUGAUAUGUUGGGACGCGCUGGAAGGCUUGAGGAAGCAUGGAAUUUGCUGGAAGAAAUUGAUGUUGGAGAAAUGAGUUCUAGAGGUACCAUUUGGGCCGCAAUGCUUGGGGCAUGUCAAUUGCAUGGGAAUGUGGAAAUGGGAAGGAGGGCAGCUAAGAAGAUGUUAGAGACAAAGAAACAAAUUUUGACGACUCAUAUUGCACUUUCUAAUGUUUAUGCCGGGGCAGGGAUGUGGAAUGAAGCGUAUAGAGUGAGAGAAAAUUGGAGCAAAGAAGGUGAUGUUAAUGGGGAGCCAGGUCUUAGCCACAUCUGCACAAACCUUGUGGUUUCUUGA